UCCCCACCCGGGACCAAGGACUUCCAACAAGUGAGCUGCCCCAUGGACAGGGCCCCACCGAGUCACCACAAAGCCACAAGGGGGUCUGAAACUGCCAAGAAGACCCAUACCUCUCAGAUUGAAGUGAUCCCUUGUAAGAUCUGUGGGGACAAAUCUUCUGGGAUCCACUAUGGGGUCAUCACCUGUGAAGGGUGCAAGGGUUUCUUUCGCCGGAGCCAGCAAUGUAAUGUAGCAUACUCCUGUACCCGACAGCAAAGCUGCCCUAUAGACCGUACCAGCCGGAACCGCUGUCAACACUGUCGCCUGCAGAAAUGCCUGGCAUUGGGCAUGUCCCGGGAUGCUGUCAAGUUUGGCCGAAUGUCCAAGAAGCAGAGGGACAGUUUGCAUGCCGAGGUGCAGAAGCAACUACAGCAGCAGCGACAACAAGUGGCCACUCCGCCCCCUGCGGGGACCAGAGGGGCAGAUACCCCUGCCUAUCCCAUUGCCCUCCCCAGUGGACAGCUACCUCUGGGCUCCUCACCUGACCUGCCUGAGGCCUCUGCCUGCCCCCCUGCUCUCCUUAGUACCCCAGGCCCUGGACCCUCCUACCCUAAUAGCCUGGCCAAAAUGGGGCUGGCUGGGGCUGUGUACUCCCGUGGGUACAGCCCAGAUCGGGCAAAGGCUGAGGUCGGCAGAGCUUUCUAUGGCUUGGGUAGCCAGCUGUCCCCUGACAGGUGUGAGCUCCACAUUGGGGAACCCCGACAUCUGGUGCUUGGGGAGCCAAGCCAAGGGAGGGACUUGUACAGCAGCCCCAGCUUCCGCCUCGAACUCCCCAACGCCUCCCUGACUGAGAUUGAGCACUUGAUCCAAAACGUUUGUAAGUCCUAUCAAGAGACUUGUCAGCUUCGACUGGAAGACCUGCAGAGGCAACGUUCCAACGUCUUCUCCCGGGAGGAGGUGACCAACUACCAAAGAAAGUCAAUGUGGGAGAUGUGGGAACGCUGCGCCCAUCGGCUCACCGAGGCCAUCCAGUACGUGGUGGAAUUCGCCAAAAGGCUAGCGGGCUUCAUGGAGCUGUGUCAGAAUGACCAGAUUGUGCUGCUCAAAGCAGGGGCCAUGGAGGUGGUACUGGUGAGGAUGUGCCGAGCCUACAAUGCUGACAAUCGCACAGUCUUCUUUGAGGGCAAAUAUGGAGGCGUGGACCUGUUCAGAGCCUUGGGCUGCAGUGAACUCAUUGGUUCCAUCUUUGACUUCUCCCACUCCCUGUGUGCUCUGCAUUUUUCCGAGGACGAGAUCGCUCUCUACACAGCCCUUGUUCUCAUCAAUGCCAACAGGCCGUGGUUACAAGAGAAAAGAAAGGUGGAGCAGUUGCAGCACAAUUUGGAGCUGGCAUUUCAUCAUCUUCUGUGCAAGACUCACCGCCAAGGCAUCCUGGCUAAGCUGCCACCCAAGGGGAAGCUUCGGAGCUUAUGUAGUCAGCACAUGGAGAAGCUGCAAUCCUUCCAGCAUCUUCAUCCUGUUGUUGUCCAAGCUGCCUUCCCUCCCCUCUACAAGGAACUCUUCAGUACAGAAACUGAGCCCCCUGGAGUGCUAUCUGACUGAGCUGAAUGGCCAGUUCCCCUCCUCACCACAGUCUCCUGUCCUAACCUCAAGUCAUCCACAGCUGUCUCCCCACUGCCAAACCAUUAUCUGUUUUCUCUGUCCAACCCCUGCCCCACCCCCACCUCUUCCCAUGGCCUCCAGAAGUGGCCUGGGGUAAGUUACCAUUCAGGCCAGAUGACUGAAUUUAUUCCCUGGAACAGGCUCAUCCUUACUGACCAAUCUGGCAGUAGUAUAGAUGACUAGCAGGAAGAGAUGCUGGGAUCUCACCAGCUACGACUGUAUGAUGCUUCACCUUCCCCACCCCUCUAAGCUUCUGUGAGACCUGAGGGGCAGGCAGUGGAUAUGGGAGAGAGAGGAAUCAAGGCAACAGAGAAACUCACAGGGGCCAUACUGGACGAGUUCCAAUUCUAAGCUCUGAACCCAAGAGGGGAUUUUUGAAAUACCUCAUUUCAUUUCCCGGAGGGCUGUGGCCAGGGAAGCUAGAUCAAGCUCGAAGACAAUUCAAACCCAAAAGGAACUGUUCAUUUUAUGCAUCACCCAGAAGUUCAUCUUUCCAUCCUUUUCUUCCAGGUUAUGAUAGAAAAUGAACAGCCACAUUUCUUCACUGCCUUUUCAGAGGGCUUAGGAGAAACUAAAUGUGUUAAUGGUGGGGGCAGGGGUGGAGAAAGGGGGUGGGGGCAGGUAACUGCAAGAGUUCAGUGCGUACGGGUGAUGGGGAGCAAGACUGGGUUGACAAAUAUGAAGGAGGGUGAGAACAAAAGUCACAUGCACUUUAUACAUGGGAUACAGGAAUUGAUACAAACAUAAUCACAAACCAUACAAGUGUUCAUACAAAGGAGACACACUUAAAGAUGCAUAAACAAGGUCCUAUCCAAAUCCACAAUCACACAUGUAUGGGGCUUCAGGAUGAAGUCCCUAGUCCUGAGGGAUCCCAGAAGAAUGAUGAUGCGGGGCUUCUGAAUUCCACUGUCCUUGAGAAUUCCUGCUUUAGGUCUGGGAUGCUGCCACCUCUCAGCACAGUGUCAGCAGCAUUUGGCCACCGUACCUCAUGGCAUCAACAUGAAUAAGAACAGCCAGGCAGAGACCAAGGAGACAACUAAAGUGGACGACGCCAUCUCCAUGUCCUCAAAGGAUCCCCUCAGUCCCACCCACCAGACUUGCUCUUUGUUCUGGGGAGAAGAAGAUGACACAGUAUUAUACAUUCUGUGAAAUGUCAGUUCCAGGAUCACAGACUCUGGGCGGGGAGGGGAGAGGAUAUGAAGGUAGCCCUCAAAUACCGCCCCCCCCCCAAGAACUCUAUCCUGCCUCUGGAUUUUUUACAACCUUACACAUGACUAUUGUCCUAUCCUUUGGUGGUGUAGGGCAGUUGAAGGAGGUGAUGAAAGCUGAAAGUCUCAUUACUUUUACUCUCUGGGGAAGGGUAACAAGGGAAAACUCAAUUCUAGAUUUGUGUCAUUCUUUAUAAGGUGAUUUUUAAAGGCAAUGGGGAGGGGGGACAGAGAGCAGGAAAUGCAACAGCUUCGAUGAGAAAAUCAAAAACCUUUGAGCUGCUAUUGGCCAAAGUUAAACAAGGUUACCCAGA